AUGGCGGACCGCCUAUUGCCCGACCUACGACCGCCGGUCCAGCUACUGUCCGGCCUACGACCGCCGGUCCAGCUACUGUCCGACCUACGACCACCGGUCCAGCUACUGUCCGGCCUACGACCGCCGGUCCAGCUACUGUCCGGCCUACGACCGCCGGUCCAGCUACUGUCCGACCUACGACCGCCGGUCCAGCUACUGUCCGGCCUACGACCGCCGGUCCGGCUACUGCCCGACCUACGACCGCCGGUCCAGCUACUGCCCGGCCUACGACCGCCGGCACCGCGACUACCCGACCUGCAACCGGACUCCGCUACUUCCGCUGGAACCACGGGACACCCCGAGCCAUCGGAAAUUCCGCGAACGGAUCCCCUCCAGGAGCAGUGCAACGGCUCGAGCUCGGAGUCUGAGACAAGCGGGUCUACUCCCGCACCACCGACCACGACGCCGCCGACGCCUGCUCCCGCCAAGCCGCCUCCUGCAACCCCGAGUCCGGGACGGCUGCGACGACCGCCACGGCCAGGAACAUCAGUCCAGCGCUCCGACCAAUCGAACCGUCGGAAGGCAAUCAUCCUGGCGACGCCGCCGGAGAUUAAGCCGCGCCGCCGCGGAAGGGUCGCCGCCCUGGCCAAACCUCGACCUGCCGACAGCCGUCCACCGGCCGCCAAACCCAAGGCCUCGACAUCCAGGCCAUCGACCGCCGGACCGCCCUCCUCCACCGGAGCCCCGAUGACCCGGCCGACGAACACCGGACGAUAUACCCAGCCUGCGAACAUCGGUCCGCCGACUACCCGGCCCACGACCGCCGGCCCAGCGACGGCCCGACCUACGACCGUCGGACCAACUAUCACCCGGCCUGCGACCAGCGGACCACCCACGGCCGCCGGACCACCUGCCACCCGACCGGCAACCACUCGACCCCCGACCGCCAGGCCACCGAUCGCUGGGUCCAUCCCAGUACGUCUGGACGACGGCACUGUCGUCAAGGUCCCCGCCGGAUCAGCCAUCGUCGGACGAAGAUAUAAAGUCCGUACCGCGUCGGGCCGAUGGGUAAUCCGUUUCCACCCGGAUGGCCGCCCCGAGCAGUUCGGCGCCUAG